GGAGGGGCCGCGCGCGGAUGGCGGCGGCGGCGGCGGCCUGGGCCCGGUAGCAGCGGCGGCGGCGGCGGCGGCGGCGCUCGGCCCGGGGUCCCGGGCGGGCGGCGGUGACGGCUCCCGGGACCGGCCGCGCGCAAUGAUGUUGUCCACUGGGCAUGUACUGACCAAUGUGGCAGGUCUGAGAACAUAGCUGAAGCUGAAAAUAGGAAAGCUGGGGGCAAGGAAGAGCCUUGAAUCUUGAGGUGGGACGUUGACUCUAAGAUGUCCUUGAGCAGUGGAGCCUCCGGAGGGAAAGGAGUGGAUGCAAACCCGGUUGAGACAUACGACAGUGGGGAUGAAUGGGACAUUGGAGUAGGGAAUCUCAUCAUUGACCUGGACGCCGAUCUGGAAAAGGACCAGCAGAAACUGGAAAUGUCAGGCUCAAAGGAGGUGGGGAUACCGGCUCCCAAUGCUGUGGCCACACUGCCAGACAACAUCAAGUUUGUGACCCCAGUGCCAGGUCCUCAAGGGAAGGAAGGCAAAUCAAAGUCCAAAAGGAAUAAGAGUGGCAAAGACACUAGCAAACCCACUCCAGGGACUUCCUUGUUCACUCCAAGUGAGGGGGCAGCUAGCAAGAAAGAGGUGCAGGGGCGCUCAGGAGAUGGUGCCAAUGCAGGAGGCCUGAUUGCUGCUAUUGCUCCCAAAGGCUCGGAGAAGGCGGCUAAGGCGUCACGCAGUGUAGCCGGCUCCAAAAAGGAAAAAGAGAACAGUUCGUCUAAGAGCAAGAAGGAGAGAAGCGAAGGAGUGGGGACUUGUUCAGAAAAGGAUCCUGGGGUCCUCCAGCCAGUUGCCUUGGGAGGACGGGGUGGUCAGUAUGAUGGAAGUGCAGGGGUGGAAACAGGCGCUGUGGAGCCACUUGGGAGUAUAGCUAUUGAGCCUGGGGCAGCGCUCAAUCCUUUGGGAGCUAAACCGGAGCCAGAGGAAGGGGAGAAUGAGUGUCGCCCGCUAAAGAAAGUCAAGUCUGAAAAGAUGGAGUCCCCUGUCUCCACACCAGCGGUGCUACCACUGCACCUUUUGGUACCAGUGGUCAAUAAUGACAUCUCAUCUCCCUGUGAGCAGAUCAUGGUUCGCACUCGAUCCGUUGGGGUUAACACGUGUGAUGUGGCUCUAGCCACAGAACCUGAGUGCUUGGGCCCCUGCGAACCUGGAACCAGCGUCAACCUUGAAGGCAUCGUGUGGCAGGAAACCGAAGAUGGGAUGCUGGUGGUGAACGUGACGUGGAGGAACAAGACCUACGUGGGUACGCUCCUCGACUGCACUCGGCAUGACUGGGCGCCCCCGCGGUUCUGUGACUCUCCCACCAGUGAUCUAGAAAUGCGCAAUGGUCGUGGUAGAGGCAAACGCAUGCGUCCCAACAGUAACACACCUGUCAACGAGACCGCCACAGCCUCUGACAGCAAAGGGACCAGCAGUGGCAGCAAAACUCGAGCAGGAGCCAACAGCAAAGGGCGUCGGGGCAGCCAGAAUUCUUCAGAGCAUCGCCCGCCGGCCAGCGGCUCCUCCGAGGAUGUCAAGGCGAGCCCUUCCCCUGCCAGUAAGCGGAAAAACAAGCCCCUGUCAGACAUGGAGCUGAAUUCCAGCUCGGAGGACUCCAAGGGGAGCAAGCGAGUCCGGACAAACUCCAUGGGCUCAGCCCCUGGGCCCCUCUCUGGGACUAAGGUGGAACCCACUGUCCUGGACAGAAACUGCCCUUCCCCAGUCCUGAUCGACUGUCCCCACCCAAACUGUAACAAGAAGUACAAGCACAUCAAUGGACUCAAGUACCACCAAGCCCACGCCCACACGGAUGAGGACAGCAAGCCGGAGGCCGACGGGGAUAGCGAGUACGGAGAGGAGCCUGCCCUGCAUGGAGACCUCACGAGCUGCAAUGGCGCAGCCGGCCACCAGAAGGGCUCCCUGUCCCCGGCCCGCUCGGCUACCCCCAAAGUGCGCCUUGUAGAGCCCCACAGCCCUUCUCCUUCAGGCAAGUUCAGCACGAAAGGCCUCUGUAAGAAAAAGCUGAGUGCAGAAGGGGACACGGACUUCGGGGCCCUGUCCAAUGACGGCUCCGAGGAUGGGCCCUUGGUAACGGAUGAAACAAGCAACGAUGCCUUUGACUCUCUGGAACGGAAGUGUAUGGAGAAAGAAAAAUGUAAAAAGCCCUCUGGUUUGAAGACAGAAAAGAUCCCUUCGAAGAGCUUGAAGUCGGCCCGGCCAAUCGCACCUGCACUGCCCCCACAGCAGAUCUACACUUUCCAGGCAGCCACCUUCACUGCAGCGAGCCCAGGUGCCACCUCGGGCCUCGCCACCACCGUGGUGCAGGCUGUGGCCAGCAGUCCCCAGCUCAAGCCCAUCCAGCCCAAGCCUACCGUGAUGGGGGAGCCCUUCACAGUCAGCCCUGCCUUGACGCCCGCCAAGGACAAGAAGAAAAAGGACAAAAAGAAAAAGGAGUUGGCCAAGGAGCUGGAAAGUCCUCUGACCCCUGGGAAGAGCUGCCAGGCAGAAGAGGGGAAAAGCCCCUUCAGGGAGUCAUCGGGAGAGGGGGUGAAGGCGGAGGGGCUCCUGAACGGCUCCUCCGACCCCCAUCAGAGCCGCCUGGCAAGCAUCAAAGCUGAAGCCGACAAGAUCUACAGCUUCACAGACAAUGCCCCCAGCCCCUCCAUCGGUGGCAGUAGCCGCCUGGACAGCACCCCCCCAACCCAGCCCCUGACACCUUUACAUGUGGUCACCCAGAAUGGGGCCGAGGUGGGUUCAGUAAAGACCAACAGCCCAGCCUACUCUGACAUCUCAGACGCAGUGGAGGACGGGGAGGGCAAGGUGGACAGCCUCAAGGCAAAGGACCCCGAGCAGCUGGCCAAGGAGGGGGCCAAGAAAACACUCUUCCCCCCGCAGCAGCAGAGCAAAGACUCCCCAUACUACCAAGGCUUCGAGAGCUACUACUCUCCCAGCUACGCCCAGGCCAGUCCCGGGACCCUGAACCCUGGCAGCCAGAUGGGCGUAGAGAGCCAGGCCUUGAAGCCAAAAAAGGAGGAGGAGCCUGAGAGCCUGGAGGGCAAAGGGAAGAACGACACCUGUGAGGAAAAGAAGCCGGAGCUGAGUGGUGCCAGCCAGCAGCCCUCGGUCAUCCAGCAGCGGCCCAACGUGUACAUGCAAUCGCUAUACUACAACCAGUAUGCCUAUGUGCCGCCCUACGGCUACGGCGACCAGGGUUACCACGCACACCUGCUGAGCACCAAUACAGCCUACCGGCAGCAGUACGAGGAGCAGCAGAAGCGCCAGGGUUUGGAGCCACCUCGGGGCCCCGACAAGAAAGCCGAGCUGGGCCUCAAGGACCGCGAGGCUGUGCUCAAGGACGAGUGGAAGCAGAAGCCGUCCAUCCCGCCAACCCUCACCAAGGCCCCCAGCCUCACAGACCUGGUCAAGUUGGGGCCAGGAAAGGCCAAGGAGCCGGGCACUGACCCUGCCAAGUCAGUCAUCAUUCCCAAACUGGACGAUGCCUCCAAACUCCCCAGCCAUACCCCAGAAGGCUUAAAGGUGAAGCUGAGUGAGUCCGCACACCUGGGCAAGGAGGCCCCAGAGGGCAAGAUGGGUACUGAGUGUGGCCGCCAGGCAGAGGUGGAUCCAAUCCUCUGGUACCGACAGGAGGCAGAGCCCCGGAUGUGGACUUACGUGUAUCCUGCCAAGUACUCAGACAUCAAGUCAGAGGAUGAGCGGUGGAAAGAGGAGCGGGACCGCAAAUUGAAGGAGGAAAGGAGUCGGAGUAAGGACUCUGUCCCCAAGGAGGAUGGGAAGGAAAGCACAAGUAGUGACUGCAAGCUGCCCUCAUCUGAAGAGUCCCGCCUUGGGAGCAAGGAGCCCCGGCCCAGCGUCCAUGUGCCUGUGUCCUCCCCUCUCACCCAGCACCAGUCCUACAUCCCCUACAUGCACGGCUACUCCUACAGCCAGUCCUACGACCCCAGCCACCCCAGCUACCGGGGCAUGCCCUCCGUGAUGAUGCAGAACUACCCAGGUUCCUACUUGCCCUCCAGCUACUCCUUCUCCCCAUACGGCAGCAAGGUCUCAGGUGGUGAAGAUGCCGACAAGGCACGAGCCAGCCCCAGUGUCAGCUGUAAAUCAAGCUCAGAGUCCAAAGCCCUGGACAUCCUGCAGCAGCAUGCCAGCCACUACAAGAGCAAGUCGCCCACAAUAAGUGAUAAAACUCAGGAGCGAGAUCGGGGAGGCUGUGGGGUGGUUGGAGGUGGCGGCAGCUGCAGCAGUGUCGGGGGAACAGGCGGAGCCGAGCGGAGUGUUGACCGGCCGCGUACCUCCCCUUCCCAGCGCCUGAUGUCCACACACCACCACCACCACCACCUGGGGUAUUCACUGCUCCCCACACAGUACAACCUACCCUAUGCAGCAGGGCUUUCUUCUACAGCCAUUGUUGCCAGCCAGCAAGGCUCUGCGCCCUCGCUCUACCCGCCCCCAAGGAGGUGAGAAUGAGCAAGUGCCUGGAUAAAGUCAGCUUCACAGCCCUGACUGCCUCACCUUAGGAGGUGCUGGAGGUGCCAUUUAGACAUCAGUUAGAUGGCGUUGGUCAUCCUGUUUGCCGUUCCAGCCAUGACUGAAGGCAGACCCUUGCCUGUUGCCACCUCCAGAGCCUGGACGUCCUGAUCCUCCCUCUUCCUCAGGAGCUGGAGAGCUGGUACUUAGCAGAAAUAUUUAUUCUCAGCCACAGUCAUGACUGCUGUGGCCUCUCUGGAGACGAAGAGAGGGGAGCUGCCAGGGGAACAUGGCCUCAGCCCAGAGAAAUCACUGCUCUGUUCCCCAAGUCCCUGUCCUGCUACGGUGCAGUACUACCCGGCCCCCGCAGGUAGGCCCCCCAGCACUGGGCAGGGUCUGAAGACAGCACAGCAGCCACCCCGUCACUGCCAUUCCCACUGUCACCAGACCCCACACCUCCCCAGCGGUUUGGGCCCUGGGAACUGGCAGCAUGUGGAAGAAUUAGAAUCUCAGGAAAGAAAUUGGGGGCUGUUUUCUCUGUAGUUGUGAAAACAAAGUCUCCAGCACGGAGACUUCCCCCUUCCCUCGCGAGCACAGAUAAAUGUUCAGAGCCCAGCCUGGAGAGGGAGAUCAAGGCAUUUGCCCCACAGGGCCUUGCACUCCCCAGCAGGCAGAGGCAGGGGUCCCAGCACCAGCUUGGGGCUCCCCAGCCACUGGGGAGAGAGCUGGCUCAUGAAUGGAGUCUGUGAAAUUGAAUCCCCUGAAGUCCUGCUGCUUCUUACUUCCCCACUCUUUGCCCUUUUCUCUUCUGUCCUUACCCCCUGCUGCCUUUCCUAGGGGGGAUCCCCACCCUGACUUCACCUCUUCUUUUUCCUUGCUUGGCUCUUAAGAUUCAGGCAGAUAAAACAGUAUUCCCUCAGAAUGGGGGCCGAAGAGUCACCGGAGGGCAAAGCCCAGCAGGCAGACCCCGUGUGCCCAGCAGUUCUUGGAGAUGUCCCAUGUGUUCAGCCCUCUGAGUAGCUUCCUCAGCUGGGGCUAUGGAGUACACAGCCCACUGCUGUCUACAAGUACCUGGUUUUCUAUAGCUCGUUCUGUCCCCUCUGUGUGUGCCAAUGUGAGCUGUUUUUGUAGGGGCCACUGGCUCUGGGAGGCUGCUCAACCCUCAGACCCUAAGAUAACACACCUAAGUGUCCCUCACGGGAGCCAGCGCGGCGUGGGCCGUGCCCAGAGGCGACAAACAUUUCUCUGCUCUCCUUAGAAGACGGUCUCUCUGGGUCAGAGCUUUAUGCUCUUGCACUGAGAAAGUGAUGAUGAUUUGGUAGCUUUAUUUUUAACCCCCUGAAGCAUGGGGAGCUUUCGUGUCUUGCUUUUGUGCGGUAUUAUCCCUUUGUCCGUCCCUGCCCCUGCCGCCUUUCCUUAGCCCUCCAGAUUAAGAGAAAGACUAACAGACAUCAGCAUAGGCAGAAAAAGGGUGCUUUACUGCAGAAUGCUGAGAGGGAACAUAAGGGCAGAGAGUUGGGACCAGUAAGCACAAUCCCUCGAGGGGAGCGUCCCAUAGCAGAGCUCCUCUGGGGCCCACAGGCCCUCCCUCUAGGUGUCCGUGUCCGUGUCUUUAUUUUUUUCUUAAAGCUGGGUCCUGAGCUCUCCCCUAAGCUCACUGCUUUAGACCUGUUUUCAGAGCCCCCAAUGGCCUCCCUGAGCCCUCACUGCUCUUCUCCCCCAGCGGGCAGUGCCCCAAGCACUCCCAUCCCCCAGCCAUGGAAGUCACUGGUGUGGACACUUCACCCAGGUGACCUGGGCUGCCCACCCAAGCGGGUGACCACAUUUCAGCCUGACUUCACCACCGGGCUCCUCUGGGUGGAGCCACUCACCCAUCUCUAGUCUGAUUUGGUUUUGACUUGUAUGUUUUGUAUCUGUGGCGCUGGCCUGCAGCGUGCUCUGUACAUAGUGUAAAGAAACCGCUGGAGCAAUUUCUGUAUCUCACUUGGCAGGCAUGAGUCCACAUUCCUGCCUUUUCCACUUUGUUCUGUAACAGACAAGAGGGACUUCUGCAUUUGCAGGGCAGAUUUAUUCUACAGAGGGCACAGCUAGUUUUUAAAUUUUUCUCUUAAAAAAAAAUACCCAGAUUUCCCUUGGAGAGUAGAAGCCACCCAGAAGAGCAAGGGAAAGCCACAGUAGCAGAUAGCACUGUCUGCCCUGAUUCCCCUGGGGUGUCCCCCCACUCUGGAGUGACAAGCUGCAGGCGUGGCAAUCCCUGCCAUGUGCUGAGUGAGGGCUUUGCUGUCUGCCUCCAGCCUCUCCCUAUGAAAACAACAGUACCUGUGACAUCCAGUAGAUACUCAGAGAAAAAACACAGCGAGGAUCCCCACCCCACAUACACAGUCUGGGCAAAGUUGCUGCCAGGGCCCUAGGCCACCAGGCUGAGGCCCUCUGAGCCACCCCACCAGACCCUCCCAGGAAAGAAAGUCCAGCUUAAGAAAGCUGCUCUUAGGGUCCACACCUGCUUCUUCCUGUUUAAGGCAUGACAGUUCCUAUGACCCCUUGCCCUGGUUUAUACAUGUAUAAGGACAUGUAUGACGUUUCCUGCUGUUACUUCACUCUUUUCCACACACCUCAAGGUCAAAGGACCAGACACACAGGCUGAGAGGGAGGGCAUCCUCAGAAUGAAGCGGUCCUUUCUUGCAUCUCCUCUCCAGGCUCCAGGGUAGGGUGGGACUGAGUUUCAGGAGUUGAGGGUGACUGCAGAAGGGCUAGAGCAUUGCAUACAGGCUUUGUGAUCCCCCAUCACUUGCUACCACCACAUACCGUCACCAUCCCAGUGUCUACUCUGAUGCCCCCAAGAUUCAACUGGGCAGCUAGCUGGCUCUGUAAUUCUGGGCCUCUGUCAUUUGUUUUAUUACUAGGGCAUCCCAGGAAGCUUUCCAGUGAUCCCCUCCUGGGAUCGUGCCCCUCCCAGCCCUGUCCCGCCCCUCCUGCCCCAGCCCACCCGCUUGCCUUGGUGCUCAGCCCUCCCCUCAGGAGCAGGUUGGGGCAAGCUGGAGGCCCGGGCUGGAGGGGCACGUUGCUGUUCAUAGCUUUUGUUCCAUUGGCGUUGCUCUGUUGGGUUUAAUUUCAGUCUUCCUGAUUCUUCCCUUCUGUAAAGUGUACAUUACCAAGUUCCUUGUUUUUUAUAUAUAUAUAUAUAAAUAUAUAUAUAUAUAUAUACAAACUGUACUCUUUUUGCCUUUGUACAUUCAGGCAAGAAGAGAAAAUAAAUCUUUUUAAGAGACAAUCACAAAUCUGUGAGGGCUGCUGGUUAUUUCUCCUGAAGUUUGCUGCUGAGCUGCUCCUCCCUUCUCCAACUUUUCUCUCCUCGGGCACCUUUCCUGUCCUCCUGGUGUCCUGCCCCAUGCAGAUGCUCAGCUUCACCCUGGCUGACAGCGAGCUGCUGAGUCGUCCAGACUGCCUGCCCUGUCGCCCCUUCCCACCCAGCACUGUUUUCUGACUUGGCCACUGGCUACACCUGGAGCUAUAGCCUGCGCCCUGGCCCACUCUGCACCCUGAGAUCCCAUUUACCGAAACUACGCAGCUGGGAGAUAAGUUUGCACUACUGAAACCUGCUUGGGAGUCAGGACGGAUAGUUUUCAGGAAUAUGGGGGAACCACCCCCAACACUCCCUGCCCUCCCUAACCAUUCCAGCUCCCAAGUGCUCUCUGAUCCAGAACCCACAGGGUCACUCCUGUCCAGGGGGCUCCUGUGCUCACCCCACUGGAACAAGGGCUAACAGCUUAUGGGUCAAAAGCAUUUGAUUGACUCUUGAGAGUAGUACCUUCUGGAACAGUUCGGUGAAACCACUGUUCAGCCUCUCUCCUUUCCGCUUCCCCCUUUGCCCUUUUCCCCUUUGUCUCUACUUCCUUCAUUGGCUUUGAAAUUGAAGUCUAUUUUUAAAUUAUUUGUUGUAUUUAUUGAAUAAAGUUUUUAAUGUCCCUGUUCUUAAA